AUGGAAGAGAUCGAGCGACGCUUCCAGGCGCUCGAGGGAGCGUUGCAGGCUGCCGAACAACGGGUGCAGGCUGCCGAGGAGCGCGCCCUGGCGGCGGAGUCAGCAGCAGCGAGCGCAGGCGCCGCCGCGAGCAGGCCCGUGGCAGCGGCGAGGGCCGCGCCACAGGAUCUGGUGGACACUCGGCUUCUAGCGAAGCCGAAGGCGUUCGGAGGCAGCGAGGACGAGCGGCCAGGGUGGAGCUUCAAGAUGCUCGCGUACCUCGGGGCUCUCGACGAGCAGAUGGCCAACGAGCUGACGGCGGCCAUGACGUUCCCGCUGGAGGAGGUGAGGAACGCGAGGCUCCUGGAGGAAGGAGCGAGUCAGCGCAGUCGUCAGCUGUACUUCAUCCUCGUCCUGCUGCUGGAAGGAGCUGCACUCCAGCUCAUCAAGCCAGUCGGCGUCGGAGAAGGGUAUCGGGCUUGGAGGACACUACAAGACAUGUACGAGCCCGACAGACCCGGUCGCCAUGCAGGACUGCUGCAAGAGCUGAUCGCGUUCCAGUUCCCAGAGGACAACAUCGCGGGGAUGCUGGCGGACUUCGACUUCAAGGUCACGAAGUACGAGAGCCAGAGCCACGAGAGGAUUGGGGACAGGAUCAAGAUGGCGAUCCUUCAGCGGGGGAUUCAGGACGAAGCUCUUCGAGCGCACCUGGUCCACAAUGCGUCGAGGCUGGUCACGUGGGAGCUCAUGCGCAACGAGGUGCACAUGGUGAUCUCGACGAGGAGCGCCAUCUCAGCAGUGCCGCCACCAGUUCCGAUGGACACGAGCGCGCAGGAGUCGAAGCCGACGGGAGCUCCACCAGCGGCGAGCGCCGCGGGGAGCGCGGCACCGGUGAUGGCGAUCGCGACCGAAAGCGGGGCAGAGCCACUGUGGUGCCUCGCGAUCGAGCUGGAAGAAGGGCAAGAGUCGUUAUCGAGUGGAGCAGCAGCGACGCCCUCAGCACCAGCGACGACAGCGAUCCACCUUCGUUCGAGCGGGCCGUCAAACGAGCACGCGCAGCAGAGGCAGCCAUUCUUGGUCGGUGCCAGCCCAACCGAGCAGCUGAGCCAGCCAGAGGCAGCAAACGAGCACGAGCAGCCGAGGCAGCCAUUCUUGGUCGGGGCCAGCCCGAUCGAGCAGCUGAGCCAGCCAGGGGCAGCAGACGAGCACGAGACGUUCGAGAACAAGGAGAUCAUCGGUAUCAAUGAGCACUGGGUCAUGGUGAAUUCGGGUGCUGCGCGAUCGGUGUGCCCGCCGAGUCACGGGGCCCACGAGACACUCAGAGACCUGAGCGAGCGCAUCAGGCUGGUCGGAGCGAGCGGCGACGACAUCCCGUGCCACGGCGAGCGCUUCGUCACGUACGCGAAGGACGGGCACAAGAUCGGGGUGGACUACAAGGUCGCCGACGUCAAGAGGCCGCUGGGCGUGUCGCAGGCGGUCGACAAGGGCACGUCGUGGGUGUUCACGCCGAGCGGGAGCUACAUGAUCCCGAAGCCGAUCGAGUUCUCGGACCCAGACGCCGUGCCGCUGGUCAGGCGCAACGACUUGUUCUACCUCAAGAUGGACAGGUACGGUGAAGGCGUCAAGAACUCGCUCGUCAUGCCGGCCGAGGCGAGCGAGCCGGCAGCGCAGGCAGUGCUCGAGGAGUCCGUGCCAGUUCGAGUCAAGAAGGAUCCGGUGAAGCCAAGCCUGGCCGAGCAGAGGACGCACGAGCUGGUGCACAUUCCGGCGAGGUCCUGGUGCUGGGUGUGCGUCAGAUCCAAGUUCACGGACGACCCGCACUACAAGGCCGGGCACGAGCGCACGGGCGACGAGGUCCAGAUCGACUACUACUUCCUGGGCCAGCUGAGCAUCCUCAACAUGGUGCACAUGAACUCCCAAGCUAUUCAUGGCAUCAUGGGGCCGAAGGGUACCGACGCCUACAUGGUCAAGACAGCGGUCGCCACCCUUGAGAACUGGGGGCUGGAUCGCAUCGUGCUGAAGCACGACCAGGAGGCGUCGAUCACGGCCCUGGCGAGGGAGAUCAAGGCUCAGCGGAAGGCGCCCACGAUGAUCGAGUCAGCUCAGCGGGCUAACCAUCAUGGAGUCGGUGGAGUGGAGCGCGCCAACGAGGAGCUCGGCAAGCAGAUCAGGGCGCUGCUGUUCUCGGUGGGCGACAACUACAAGCGGGAGCUCCCAGCCGAUCAUGGGCUUCUACCUUGGCUCAUUCGGCACGCUGGCUGGCAGCUCAACCGCUUCGCGGUGCACGGCAACGGCAAGACGACCUACGAGGUGCUCAAGGGGAGGCCAUAUCGGGGCGAGCUCGUCAACUUCGCGGAGAGCGUUUGGGCGAGGGACCCCACGCCGACCUCCAAGCUGCAGCCUCGGUGGCACGCGGCGGUGUGGCUGGGCAAGACAGAGGUUUCGGACGAGCACCUGGUGGCGGGUCCAACGCGCACGACGAGGGUGCGCACGGUGAGACGGCGACCGGAGGGCGAGCGGUUCGUGCUGGAGGAGCUGGACAAGUUCGCUGGGGUGCCGUGGGACAUGCACCGGGCUCCACAGAUCGGCAUCGUGCCGGCGGGAGCGCCCCAGGUGGAGCCGAACCAGCAGCGGCUGAUGCCGCCACCUCCGCCACCGCCGGUGGCCUUACCGGCUGCGGGCCCGGAGGCGCUGGUGCCACCAGCGAUGGUCGGGCCGGCGCCGCCCGCGGGGCCAGGAGGCGCAGGGCUGAGGUCGACGUACAACACGAGGGCGUUGAUCGACAAGUACGGCUGGACCCCCAUGUGCCCGAGGUGCGUCACAGGCAUGGGAUCGCACAGCGAGGAGUGCCGGAAGAGGAUCGAGAACGAGCUGCGCAAGGAGGAGAUGGCCAGGGCAGCGGCGGAGGCCGCGCCCUCGUCGGCAGCGGCGGGGGCUGCGCCGACGCCGGCGGCGGCGGGAGCCGCGCCGGGGCCAGCGGCUGGGGCUGGAGACGGCAGGCCAGGAUCGUCCGGAGAUGCCAGCAUGGCGCCUCGCGACGACCAGGGCGAGGCGUCGGCGAAGAGGCCGCGCCAGACAGCGGCGAUCACAGUCGGGUCGCUCGCAGUCGGGGCCUUCGUGGAGAUCAAUCCCUGCACGUACGAAGGCCUGGACCAGCAGUCCCACGAGGAGCUCGAGACGGUCACGGAGAUCGAGAGCUGCGAGCCGCUGGAGAUCGGGAUGUUCGAGGUCAGCCCCGUCGAGCCGGCGGCGAUCACGGUCCUGCCAGACACGGAGAAGCACGUGUACGACGCGAGGAGCGGGAAGGAGCUCCCCAGGGACCUGGUCAGGCGCGGGCGCGAGGCCGAGAUCGAGGAGAUGCGGCGACACGGCGUCUUCGAGGAGGUCCGCGUGGCCGAGAGUCGGGGCAAGGUGGUGCGUUUCAAGUGGGUCGAGGACCUGCGCGCCAAGGACGGCGCCCCCUUCGUUCGUUCCCGAGGCGUCGCCAUGGAGAUCAACACGUACGGCCGAGAGGACUGCAACGCGGGCACGCCGCCGAUCGCCAUCGUCAGGGCGAUCGUCUCCUUG